GCAAGGGACGUUUAAAGACCUCGCAGACAUACGCUAUCAUCUCACUUCCUGGUUGAAAAUGGCGGAUGAGAAUGAGACAGCACCGCUGCCGGGGAAAGAAGACGUAGAGGACCAUGGACACUGCAGCGAUUGUGAAAAUGAGGAACACCACUUUGACGAUGGGGGUUUGGGUGACGACAGUGGUACCAAGAAGAAGAGGAGGAAGCAAAAGAAGAAGAAAAAGAGUGGCGUGCCCACAGAAACCUCUCAAGACCAACUUGCUAAGGUGAAUUCGCUGCCCGCCGACAAGCUACAGGAAAUCCAGAAGGCCAUCGAGCUCUUCUCAGUGGGCCAAGGUCCCGCCAAAACCAUGGAGGAGGCCAGCCGCAGGAGCUAUCAGUUCUGGGACACGCAGCCCGUGCCCAAGCUGGGCGAGACUGUGACAUCGCACGGCUCCAUCGAGCCUGACAAAGACCACAUCCGUGAAGAGCCCUACAGCCUCCCCCAAGGCUUCUGUUGGGACACCCUUGACCUGGGCAACCCUGCUGUGCUCAAAGAGCUCUAUACCCUGCUCAAUGAGAACUAUGUGGAAGAUGAUGACAACAUGUUCCGGUUUGACUACUCGCCCGAUUUCCUGCUUUGGGCUCUGCGGCCCCCCGGCUGGCUGCCUCAAUGGCACUGCGGCGUGAGGGUGAACUCCAACCAGAAGCUGGUGGGCUUCAUCAGCGCCAUCCCCGCCACCAUCCACAUCUAUGACAGCGAAAAGAAAAUGGUGGAGAUCAACUUCCUCUGUGUCCACAAGAAGCUCCGAGCCAAGCGAGUAGCCCCGGUCCUGAUCCGGGAGAUCACCAGGCGGGUCAACCUGCAGGGAAUCUUCCAGGCGGUCUACACGGCCGGGGUGGUCCUGCCCAAACCCGUUGGCACCUGCAGGUACUGGCAUCGCUCUUUGAACGUUCGCAAACUGAUCGAGGCGAAGUUCUCCCACCUGAGUAGGAAAAUGACAAUGCAGCGCACCAUCAAGCUGUACCGCUUGCCCGUGGCCCCCAAGACGCCGGGUCUGCGGCCGAUGACCAAGAAGGACGUGCCGGCAGUGUGCCGCCUUUUGCGAGAGUACCUUAGCCAGUUCAACCUGGUGCCCGUCAUGAACCAGGAGGAGGUGUCCCACUGGUUGCUGCCCCGUGAAAAUAUCAUCGACACGUACUUGGUGGAGAACGAGGGCAAAGUGACGGACUUUCUGAGUUUCUACACACUGCCAUCCACCAUCAUGAAUCACCCGGUGCAUCGCACACUGAAAGCUGCCUACUCCUUCUACAACGUUCACACCACCACCCCCCUGCUGGACCUCAUGUCCGACGCCCUCAUCCUGGCCAAGUCGAAAGGAUUUGACGUCUUCAACGCACUGGACCUCAUGGAAAACAAGACUUUCCUGGAGAAGCUCAAGUUUGGCGUCGGCGAUGGCAAUCUACAGUAUUAUCUUUACAAUUGGAAGUGUCCCAGUAUGGGCUCGGAAAAGGUUGGCCUGGUCCUGCAGUGAUGCAACAAUUCACACCCCGCCAAACCCUGAUGGCGUGAAGUGUUACAACAAGAUUACAGCGACCGCACCAUUCCACGCAUCACCUGACUGAUGGGCAUGAAGACUCUUUCAAGAGAGGAAACCUACCGCCCAUUUUAACUUUUUUUUUUUGGGUCCUUUUUGAACUUUUUUGAGCUGCGCUAUUUCUGACAGCCAAUGGGGAGCCUACUCCCCCAUUUCACGCGAACCUUAAAGCUGUCGCGGUUACAUCAAAGCCAAUAUUUGACAUCAGAUGGUGAUUGUACCAACACACACCACACACACACACACACACACACAGAGUCUACAAGGGCAACUGCAUCCCACUAACCAUAAAAAUAAAAACAUGUAAAUUUGGGCAACACGAUUGCUAAUUUGUGCCCGACCUAAUGCGCACCACAACUGUUUUAUGUUUGGAGUGCUUUUUUUUUACCCUCCCAAGUAAAAUUUGAGGUAAAUUUAAAAUGGAAGAUUUAAAUGGAGAGGGUCAUGAUAUUGUGGUAAUAAGCUAACAUAAGAUAAUAGCAAGGGCUUUUUUUCUCAUUCCAGCUUGGUUAGCUCUAAUUUCCAUAUCCAGGUGUCAUUGUAGAAGAAAACAAAGCUGAAUCACCUCGUACAAGGUCAAAAUACGCCACACUGUGAUUGUGGGCACCAGACUUUUGACACCUUUGUUAUCAAUAAACCUGCUGUUAAAGCUCACUAAUACAACCUCAUAUUUGCUGAAGUGUUUAAUUUUCCUACUAGGUAGUAAGAUAGUGACUGCAAACGCGCCGUUUCCAAAAUCAAAAGAGAAGCUCGGAAGUGUGGAAAAAGCACGGUAUUGAAAUUUAAAUAGCUGUGCUUAAAGCGCGACAACGGGGAUGUGUUUAAAAAACAAACAAAAUAAAACCGUUUGGGGGGUUUUGCAAUCACUGAACGAAAAUGGACUGCAGAAACCGAAGCUGUGGGUGUCAUUUUUGAAGCAAAAAAUAAAAUCUACCAAGAAAUGA